AUGUCAAUCGCCACCGUCACAGCCGCAGCCGCAGCCAGAGCCAGCGCUGCUACGAAUUGGGCAAUUCCAAGCGGGAAAGCUGCGGCGGCAACAUCCUUGACCGACAUUCAAAUGGCAGCGGUACUCAGCGGGCCGCUGACAGAGUCGCCCAAGACCGCAGCGGUCCAUGAUUUCGACAUAGCCUUUAUGCCGGCCGAUCAUCUGGCAGGCUCCCAGCAUCAAAAUCAGCAGCAGAGUCUGGAUAUGCAGCGGCGGUCAUCAUCACACACUCUGCUUAAUGGCUCAGACCAGACACUCGGCUUCCCAGAAAUUACCAGGAUGCAGAUCCAGAUGCAGCAGCCGCACAGCUACAUGUCGGCGAUUUCAAACCCAACUCAGGACAACGACUUGGAUCUCGAAUUAGCAAGGCCGCUGGAACUCUGGGACAUCCCAUCCAUCGACAUGUCUCUAUUCUAUCCGCCAAACCCAAACCCAAACCCAAACCCAAGCCAGCACCAGCACCAGCACACCAGCAGCACAGCAGCACCAGCAGCACCAGUCUGCCAACACAACCACUCAGUAUCACAGCCUCAGCCUUCCAUUCGCACCCACAUCGGCGCCGCCAAUUGGACAGACGCCGGCGAUCGUCGAUACACGGUUCAUUGA